UAGGACCGAGACAGAAAUCAAAAUUACUUUUUUCAUUUCUUUCUGCGAACGAGUAUACGGCGAACGUACAGCAUCAAUUAUUAGACUUUAUUGUUGAUUGCGCUUUCGAUUCAGUGCACUGUUUAUACGAUCUGGGAAGAAAAAGUUUUAUCGCUCGGAAUGUUAUAGCCGCUUCUCUAAUCGCCCGAUACUUACUCCUCGUCGACGUUUUCAACCAUGUUGGUGAUGUGCGUUCAUUCGUGCAUCUGAAUGAGCUGAAUGAACAAAUGUAAAUGGACGGAAUAGAUCCAUGUUUGAUUACAUACAGCCCAUCAUAGCAGGCUUUCGUAUAGCGCCGAAUGUUCUACAGCGUUUCUCCAGCGUCCUGGCGGAUCUUUAUUCGGCGUUACAGAUCAUCAAGAAAAGUGUGUGCAUAGGUAUUUAUGUACAGUUUGUACAAAACUCAAACGAUGCUCCGGCAUGCAAACUUCGACCUGGCCCGCUGCCUAGGAGUGCGCGGUUAUCGCAAAAGCCUUAUUCCCACUCUACAUGUGAUGAAGAAACGACAGGAAUUGGCUGGCGAAAGGAUUUCACCUCAGAGAACGGAUUACGUGUGCGGAACAAUAUCGUCAAUUCAUGAAUGCACUGCUUGAGUGGGAUUUUGGUCGUGAAAUAAACUGUUUAUGCCGCCGUUUAGGCAUUGAACCAACAGAAAAAAUUAAAGAUUCGUUCGUUACCGAAGCGUAUGCUGAGCAAGAAGUGCAGCGAACGAAAGAGCUUGGCUUGGGUUACAAACCGGUUCGAUCAAAUAUAGCCAUGGCGCAAGAGGGCCACGAGAAGCUCCGUGAAAUCCUCAGUGUCCAGUUGAGAGAAUCUUAUCCAUUUUUGCCGAGCCAAGCGCUGAAUUCUCUUUUAGAGUACCUUACCAGUGGUGAGACUCUUGUUGAUGUAGCAACACAAAUGGGUCUUGCACCAUUCGUAUUUAGGACAGGUCACGGAGAGGAAGUUGAGCCUGAAUUAUUGUACAGCUCUAUUCUAGCUCUGUUUUCUGCUGUUCGGGAAAAGGACGAAUUUUGUCGUCGUUAUAUUCUCACUCGGUUAUGUGGAAAGGAUGUUUUCGAUUUAUGGAACCCAAAAGAUGUAUCCUUCUUGCUCAAUACCAUACUUCAAACACAGAAGCAUGCAGCAUACGUGCCGCGUAUUAUUGGCGAGGCGGGACGUAAUACUUUGGAGUCACUAUACUACGUUGGCGUGUAUUCAGAUCGCAAGCUUUUAGGAAAAGGAGCUGGUACAACUCAAGCGCAAGCCGUUGACGUAGCUGUCCGAGAUGCCCUCAGAAGGAUAUUUAAGGUCACGCGAGCUGUUCGAAGCCCCUUCGAAAAAAUGGCGAUGAAGAGUUUGGCAGCGAAAAUUGCCCACGGUGCUAUGAAUACAUCGCUCACCGAGACAUGUCCUACAUCAUAGAGGAUUAUUAUAAUAAAGUAGAUCUUUCAAAUGAGGACUAAAUACGUAAAGUUAACGACAAAAUCGAUGCUAAUUUUAUAAUGAGUAGUUGUACGUUAAGUGCACUAGCAAAAAUAAGGUAAGUGGCGAUUAGGGACAUAAAUAAACAUCAACAUUGCUAAGUAAGGAUGCAAAACUUCGUUUUUUUUUGUGCACUCAUUUAUGGAUGUUGCACUGAUACUGCUCAAAAAAUGUAUAUCUAUUCAUCCGUUUGGAUACUUGAUAUUUUAAAAAAUAACUUUUGGCCCAAUAUAGGUAAUAUAUUAAAUGUUCCUAGUCUUAAAUCAGCCCAUAGGUGAUGCUUUAUUCAUCAUUCAAGACGUCUACACGUAUUUGAGAAAUAUCAAUUACAACUUUCACUACCAUUUACGCGCUACCAUGGUACUAACUAGACUAAAUAGGUGUUAAACUAAAUAUGCUCUCAUGGGUCAUCGUGCUAGUCGAUUUUAGCUUUUGACUCCGUUCAAAGAAGCGUAUUUUUUUGUUAUAGCUUUAUAACACGAGUUCUAGUUUAGAGAGGAAAUAAAAACCUUUCCCAAAUGUUGAUCUUGAAGUCAUUUCAUUGACGUUGCAAUCGUUACACCUUUAUUUACAUGCGCUAUGAACUUUGUUCAAAAUAAAAACAUCGUCGGAACACCAAACGCUAUGUAAUUCCAUUUUUAGUAACAUCAUCGGCCAGCGGCUGACAAUAACCAAACCACUCGACUGAUGAACGGGCAAAUUAAUUGCGUAUAGUAACGGUAGGAGUAGUAGUGGUAAUAGUCGACCUCAGACGCCAUUGCCGUCCGGCGUCUACAGCGA